GUAGCGUCACGUUAGUAAUCAUUAGCGAAGCGAAGAAUGUGUGACAGAGGUGCAGCUGUUUCCGUCUCUUUUCUGCAAAGUACAACACGGAGUAGCUCAGAAAUAUUUUAGCAUAAACCUUUAAUAAGGCGUGCGUUGUAAGUAGAUAACUGAGGACGUGUAUGAACCGCAGCAGCCGUAGCGUUAGCUAACUUUAACCGCUUGCUAGCUGCGAGGGUUUUGGUUGCUCCACGUCGUCACACCGGCACGAAAUGAGUGCUUCUGCCGACCUUGCGAAGCGGACGUUUCGAGGCGUUGAAGAUGUGGACGAUCGCUCCGUGUCCGGGGCGAAGAAGCGGCACGUCGAUGGUAAGCAGCACAUCUGCGCCCUGAUCCUGGCCAGGGGCGGCAGCAAAGGCAUUCCCCUGAAGAACAUCAAGAUGCUGGCCGGGGUUCCGCUCAUCGGAUGGGUGCUGAGAGCUGCAGUGGACUCCCAGGUGUUUGACAGUGUCUGGGUAUCGACGGAUCAUGAUGAGAUCGAAAAAGUAGCGAAGGCAUGGGGGGCCAAGGUGCACCGCAGGAGUCCAGAGGUCUCCAAAGACUCCACCAGCUCUCUGGAGACCAUCCAGGAGUUCGCCGACCUGAACCGAGAUGUGAACAUCAUCUGCAACAUCCAGGCCACCUCCCCCUGCCUGCACCCCCACCACCUGAAGGAGGCGCUGGCCAUGAUCACCGAGUUCGGCUACGAGUCCGUCUUCUCUGUGGUCCGCAGGCACCAGUUCCGCUGGCAGGAGGUCAAGAAAGAAGGAGGGGUGUGCACGCGGCCCCUGAACCUGGACCCCGCCCGGCGGCCGCGGCGGCAGGACUGGGCAGGAGAGCUGUGUGAGAACGGCUCCUUCUACUUCGCCACGCGGGACCUGAUAGAGCAGGGGUUCCUGCAGGGUGGAAAGAUGGCCUACUUUGAGAUGCUCCCAGAGUACAGCGUGGACAUAGAUGUGGACAUCGACUGGCCUGUGGCAGAGCAGAGGGUCCUCAGGUAUGGCUACUUUGGCCAGGACAAGCUGGAGGUGGUGAAGCUGAUGCUGUGCAAUGUCUCCGGCUGCCUGACAGACGGCCAGGUGUUCCUGUCUGCCGGAGGCGAGGAGAUGGUGUCCGUCAACACCAGGGACGAGGCGGGCAUCCGUAUGCUGCAGAGGGAGGGAGUGGAGGUGGUCCUUUUCUCCUCCAACGAUAACCCCAUCCCCAAGGCCCUGGCAGACAGGCUGUCCCAGAGGACGGGCUGUGAGCUCCGGCUGAGCAUACCGCACAGGCAGGCCGAGGUGGAGGCCAUGAUGGAGGCCAGGAAGCUGGUGUGGAAGGAGGUGGCCUACCUGGGUAACGAUGAGCCGGACGUGGAAUGCCUGAACCUGGCGGGUCUCAGUGCAGUUCCCCUGGACGCCCCGUUGGUGGCGCUCAACGCUGCAAAGUACGCCUGCCGCAGCCCGGCUGGCAGGGGGGCGGUGCGGGAGUUUGCCGAACACAUCCUGCUGCUGAAGAAGAAGGCCAAGUCCAAGAUGGACCAGGACAGAAUCCGCAGGGAUAUGUUCUGAUUCAGCGUUCCCUCUCUCAGUCCUAAACAACCAAUCACAACCCAGGCCACAGAGGAUUUUAGUUUGAGCCCUGUGUCUCUCCUCUUUUUUCCGGUCCAUUUGCCCUUAGUCUGACAUCUGAUACCUCCCUCUUUCACUGUUGUGCUGUUUAGUGGGGUUUAAGUUUAAUUUUCUGUGCCUGUCUUUGGAGUGGAGAUGCAUAAUGCUGAGAGUAGUGUGACGUGCUCAAUGUAGCUCAUCCCACUAGAAUGAUGACCAUUUGGUUGUCACAGGCAGAACCAUGAAAAAAUUCUUUUAUGUUUUUAAUUGAAUUCUUUUAAGUCUUUUAAUCAAAGACAUGGAGAAGAGAGGCAUCUCGACCUGGCAGAGAAUGUGUGGGAACUAACACUGGAAAAGGUCAUCCAUCACAGCUGAGUGACUUUAGAGGAAUAGGACAGUGAGCAGAUUCACACAUGUGCAGUCUAGCUCUUACGGUGCUACCUUCAGCAUUGUCUGUGUGUAUGUGUAUGUGUAUGUGUGUGUGUGUGUG